CAUUCUGCGUGUACAAAACAUCAGGAGAUGUCUGGACGAGGAAAAACCAGCGGCAAAGCUCGGGCCAAGGCCAAGUCUCGCUCGUCCCGGGCUGGACUGCAGUUCCCGGUCGGUCGUGUUCAUAGGCACUUGAGGAAAGGCAACUAUGCUCAUCGGGUGGGUGCAGGAGCCCCUGUCUAUCUGGCUGCUGUGCUCGAGUAUCUGACGGCUGAAAUCCUCGAGCUGGCCGGCAACGCGGCCCGGGACAACAAGAAGAGCCGCAUCAUCCCCAGACAUCUGCAGCUGGCCGUACGCAACGACGAGGAGCUCAACAAGCUGCUGGGAGGGGUGACCAUCGCUCAGGGCGGUGUGUUGCCCAAUAUCCAGGCCGUGCUGUUGCCCAAGAAAACCGGCGCAGCGGGCAAGUAAGCGAGAGAAACUCAACAUAGUGACCCAAAGGCUCUUUUCAGAGCCACUCACCAUGUCUGUGGAAGGGCUGAUCAUCGAUUAUGUUUAGUGCGGGACAAGUCUUCCUUGUCGUUGUCGAAAACUGACUGCACAUUGAGUUGUCUACACGGUGGCGGAGCGGUAGACCAACUGCC